CGCGCCACUUUUAACGGUUCUUCUGGCGCGGAGUUUACGCAAGCAAAGGAGAGAGGGGGCGGGGCAGCAUUUGGGGAGCUUCCUCGCCGUUUCCCGGCUCCCUCCCUCUUCCUUUCCCUUCUUCCAAUCCGUUCCUCGCAUCGCCCGUUUCUCCACCCUCCCCGACCUUCCUCCUUCUCUCCCCCCCCUCCCCGGCAAUUUCUCACUGGUCGCUGCGGAGAAUCCAGUGUAUGUGCGGCAACAACAUGUCCGCCCCGCUCCCUGCUAUCGUCCCGGCCGCUAAGAAGGCCACCGCCGCGGUCAUAUUUCUUCAUGGAUUAGGAGAUACAGGGCAUGGGUGGGCUGAAGCAUUUGCUGGGAUCAGGAGCCCACAUGUAAAGUACAUUUGUCCACAUGCGCCAGUUACGCCAGUUUCACUAAACAUGAACAUGGCUAUGCCGUCUUGGUUCGAUAUCAUUGGACUCUCUCCAGAUGCACAGGAAGAUGAAGCUGGUAUCAAGCAAGCAGCAGAGAAUGUGAAAUUGCUUGUAGAGCAAGAAGUAAGAAAUGGAAUUCCCUCACACCGAAUAAUCCUGGGAGGAUUUUCUCAGGGAGGAGCUCUAGCACUGUACACAACUCUCACAACACAACAGAAACUAGCGGGUGUUUUGGCGCUCAGUUGUUGGCUUCCAUUACGGACUACAUUUCCACAGGGUUCCAUUAAUGCUGUCAACAAAGAUAUUCCCAUUCUCCAGUGCCAUGGUGACUGUGAUCCUUUGGUUCCACUGAUGUUUGGAUCUCUUACCUCUGAAAGGCUAAAGACCAUGUUAAAUCCGGGCAACAUAACUUUCAAGACUUAUUCAGGCAUGAUGCAUAGCUCAUGUAUUGAGGAAAUGACGGAUGCAAAGCAGUUCAUAGAUAAGCAUCUACCUCCAGUGGAUUGAAACGUCUUGAGAGGCCUUCUCUUUAAAUGCACCAGCAUCAUCUGUAGUAGAUUGUUACUUUUCAUGCAGCCAGUUAUGAAGCAUUUCUGUGCCUACAGUGUUCACUCUAUUGUAAAUGUACCAACAGCAAUGACUAGAUAGCAUAACUUUAUGAGGAAUAAUGCUCUUUCCAAACUUCAUUGGCCAUGGUAUAGAUGUAAGGCAGGGAAAAUAUGUUUUGGAAUAUAAUUAAGCAUACUUUUCCAUGCUUGGUUGCACCAAAUUUAAAAUUGUCCAUUGAUAAUGGAAAACCUCUGGUUUUAAUGAAUGGUUUAAAUGAGAACAAUCUGAUAACGUACAAGACCUAUUUUAUUACUGCUUGUUAAAUUGACAUCUACAUCACACAUGCAGUAUGUAAAA